UACCUCGUCUUUGAAAAUAAUAUAAGCACAGAGGAGAUAUAAGCACAUAGCAUUAUAGAUAUAAUGAUAAGCAGUAUAGAUAUAGUGACAGACACUUUGUCCAUAACAGCAGAAGUUAUCUGUUAAUGUUUCUUGGUAAUACAUUUUAUUAUUUCAAAUAUUAAAAUUUAUCUUACAAUCUUUUGUAAAAAAAAGUGUGGAAUGUAUAUUUACACUUCGUUUUAACACGUGGUACAAUUAGAAAUUAAGAUGAACAUAUAUUCUCUUGGUAUUAAUAACAUGAAACAACUGAUUAAUAAUUAUUUUGAAGCUAAAGAACCAUGGCAAAUAGUGACUGUAACAAGUACAACUAUUCUUACUUCGGUUUGGUUGUGGAAUUUUAUUUUUCAAGAUGAAAGUUUAAUAGAAAGAGCAAAGAAACAAUUGUUUAGUUUGAGAAAUUUUAUACCAGCUAUUAGAAAUAAAAUUGAUCAAGAACUGGAUAAGAUUAAUCAAACAUUUGAACAAGAAACAUUGCAAAGAAUAAAAGAUAUUCCUUUUGUUGUAAAACUUCCAAAGAAAAAUUUAGAACCCAAAGAGAUAUUAGAAAGAAUAAUACAAUGUGUUCAAUUAGGUGAUUAUGAUUGGAAAAAUGGCAAAGUAUCUGGAGCUAUAUAUAGAGUUGAUACUAAUCUUUUACAAUUAAUGGGGGAUAUUUAUAGUAUUGCAUCAUAUACAAACCCAUUGCAUCCUGAUGUUUUUCCUGGUAUAUGCAAGUUGGAAGCAGAGGUAGUAAGAAUAACUUGCAAUUUAUUUCAUGGAGAUGAAAAUUCGUGUGGCACUAUGACAAGCGGUGGUACAGAAUCAAUUUUGUUGGCAUGUAAAACAUAUAGGGAUUAUGCAAGAAAUAUAAAAGGUAUAAAAAAUCCAGAAAUAAUAAUGCCUGUAACAGCACAUUCUGCUUUUGAUAAAGCUGCCCAGUACUUAAAACUUACAGUACGAUCUGUACCUGUUAACCAGCAUAGCUAUACUGCUUGUAUUAAAUCUAUGGAAAAAGCUAUUACAAGAAAUACAAUAAUGUUAAUAGGAUCAACACCAAACUUUCCAUAUGGAACAAUGGAUAAUAUUAAAGCAAUUUCUGAUUUAGGAGUAAAAUACAAUAUCCCAGUUCAUGUUGAUGCCUGUCUUGGUGGAUUUUUAAUUUGUUUUAUGCCAGAUGCAGGUUUUAAUGUACCAUCUUUCGAUUUUAGACUUCCUGGAGUUACAAGCAUAUCAGUUGAUACACAUAAAUAUGCAUAUGCUCCAAAAGGUUCUUCCCUUAUUCUUUAUAGAAAUAAAAAAUUAAGACAUCAUCAAUAUACUAUAACAACAGAUUGGCCUGGUGGUAUUUAUGGUUCCCCAACUGUAAGUGGUUCAAGAGCUGGUGGAAUUAUAGCAUCAUGUUGGGCUACAUUAAUGUACUUUGGUUAUGAUGAAUAUUUGGAAUCGACGAAGAAAAUUAUAGAAACUACUAGAUACAUUGAACAAAGAUUGAGAAAGUUUGAUGGAAUUUUUAUUUUUGGUACCCCGGCUACUUCAGUUAUAGCAUUAGGGUCAAAUGAUUUUCAUAUUUAUAAACUUUCGGAAGCUUUGAACGCAAGAGGAUGGAACUUGAAUACACUUCAAUUUCCAUGUGGCAUACAUCUUUGUGUUACAUAUGUCCAUACUCAGCCAGGUGUAGCAGAUCAAUUUUUAUGUGAUAUUGAAACUGAAUUGAAUUUGAUUUUAAAAAAUCCAGAAACUCCUGUUGAUGGAAAGCUUGCAAUUUAUGGAAUGAGUCAGAGUAUACCAGACAGAAGCAUUGUUGGUGAUUUUGCAAAGUGUUUUUUAGAUUCUAUGUAUUUUACACCAGAAAAUCAAACAAUUAGUAAUGGUCCAAGUAUCUAAAUUAUACUUUUAUAUUAUUAUUUAUAAAAUCAAAUAUAAAAGUGAAAAAAUAUUAAUUUUCUGAAAUUUAUAAUACAAUUUUAAUUAAAAAAUUUAAUUAUUAUUAUUAUUUGUGUGUGUGUGCGUGUGUGUGUGUCUAUUUUAGAAAGUUUAAUUUAAAAAAUAAGGUUGAGUAUAUAGAUUUGUGAGUACAAAAUGGAAAGAUUUGACUGCAAAUGGAAUAUUUAAUAUAUAUUUUAUAUAACACAUACACAUAC